GAGGAAGCAGGAAGGAGGGCGGCGGAGGCUCCGCUCUCGGGGAGUUUGUGGGGGAACCGCGAGCGGCGUAGCGGAUCCCGGAGCCCGGCCCCCGCUGCUCGCCCGUCCGGCCGCCUGCCCCGCCCGUCCGGCCCUAGCCGUCCGCCCGCCCCGGCCAGGCGCGCCCGCCCCCCCGACGGCCCCGCCCGACCGCGGCCCCCGCUCCGCCCGCCCGGCCCCGGCCCCCAGGAGGAGGCGCUGACGCAGCAGCGUGGAGCCCGGGAAUUGAGCGCCCCCGGGGGGUUCCAGCCGCCGGAUUCCAGCCCGGCCAGGGCCUGCGGGCGCCCAAAGCCGUGCCGUCCGCGCCGCUCGUCCCGCUUGGAGGGAUUCCAUGACACACACUCGGAGGAAGUCCCUUCCUAUGCUGAGUUCCGGCCCCACUGGCCGAGGGGAGCCCCUGCAGAUGGAAGACAGCAAUAUGGAGCAGGGAGCUGAAGACGUGGAGCCAGGCAUACCUGACAGCCCUGGGCACCUUACGGGACGCCGCAAGAACUACCCAUUGCGCAAGCGUCCACUGGUUCCAGCAAAGCCCAAAGCCUGCAAAGUGCUGCUGACUCGCCUGGAAAACGUGGCUGGUCCACGGAGUGCUGAUGAGGCUGAUGAGCUGCCCCCUGACCUGCCCAAGCCCCCUAGUCCGACCCCGUCCGGUGAGGAUGCUGGUCUUGUGCAGCCCCGCAAGCGGCGCCUCGCCUCCCUUAAUGCAGAGGCCCUUAAUAACCUGCUGCUGGAGAGGGAGGACACCAGCAGCCUGGCAGGUGCUCGCCGAAGCAGAGGUGGGGACCCUCACCGCAGUCGCGACAGGGCCGCGGGGUCCUGGUCUUUUUCUAAGAAGCGACCUCGGCUGGGAGAUCUUGGAGAAGGAAGUAGGGACCUGUCCCCGGAGCUAGCCCCGGAUGAAGGUGCCCGACGAGAUGGAGACCCAGCUCCCAAGAGACUGGCUAGCCUGAACGCCGCUGCCUUCUUAAAACUCAGCCAGGAGCGGGAGCUACCUCUUCGACCUCCUCGUGCCCAAGCAGAAGCAGAUGGGCGCUCCACUGAGCCUCUGGCACCCAAGAGCCUGCGGCCAAAGGUGAAUGGCAAGAACUGUCCCAAGGCCCGGCAAGGGGCUGGCUCUGGGGAGGCUACAGGGCCCCCCAACUGGCAAGAGCGGCCUGAUGAGCGUUGGCCAUCUGCUCCUCGUGGGCCCCCCACCCAGCCAUCCCACCAAGCCCCAGGCAAGGCUCUGGAGAACCCAUCGCGCCCCAGCCUGCCUCUGCUGAUGGGUGGGCAGGCAGCCCUGAAGCCGGAGCCUGGGCGUCCAGGCGAGGAGUCCCCUGCCCCCAAGCAGGAACUGCAUCAGCCCUCCUUCCCUGCCCCUCAGCUGUCUCCGCUGCCGAUGCCUGGGAACCCAGCCGACUACAGCGGUCCCUGUGGAGGGCCUGAGCUCACGGCACUGGGCAGCUUCUACCUGUACUGUGGCCAAGACGGGCUGCAAUGUGGGGGUUACUCCCCGUGCCCCAUGCUCCCAGAAGGCAAGCUGUCUCCGGUGGCAGCCCCCAAUGAAGGGCUGCUGGUGGCCCCAAGCUCAGUGCCCUCCGGAGUCCCUUUCCAGCACCCUCCUUGGAACGCACCUCGCUACUGCUCCAGUGAGGACUCCGGAGCAAAUGGCUAUAGCGUCUGUGGAGUGUUGCCUCUGUCUCUCACACAUAUUGGCACUACCUGUGGUGGCUGCCCCUACAAAAUGCCUUUUACGGCAGAAGGCUGCAGGUCCCUGGGCCAAUUGGAAUUUCCUCUCCCAGAAGCUGGCCACCCAGCCUCACCUGCUCACCCCCUCUUGGGAUGCCCUGUACCCAGUGUGCCACCUGCUGCAGAGCCUAUCCCCCAUCUUCAGACGCCCAUCUCGGAGCCCCAGACAGUAGCCCGGGCGUGCCCUCAGAGCGCCAAGCCUCCGAGCGGCUCCAAGUCAGGUCUGCGCACAGGCUCCAGCUGCCGGCACGCUGUGAGAAGCAAGGCUGCCCGCAGGCCCAGCCACCCCAAGCAGCCGCGUGCCCAGCGCCCACGUCCUCGCCGCCGCCGGCGCCGCCGCACUAAUGGCUGGGUGCCUGUAGGUGCUGCCUGUGAGAAGGCAGUGUAUGUCCUGGAUGAGCCAGAACCUGCCAUCCGAAAGAGUUACCAGGCAGUCGAGCGACAUGGAGAGACAAUCCGAGUCCGAGACACUGUCCUCCUCAAGUCAGGCCCAAGAAAGACGUCAACUCCUUAUGUGGCCAAGAUCUCUGCCCUCUGGGAGAACCCUGAGUCAGGCGAACUGAUGAUGAGCCUCCUGUGGUAUUACAGGCCGGAGCACUUACAGGGAGGCCGCAGCCCCAGCAUGCAUGAGCCUUUACAGAAUGAAGUUUUUGCAUCAAGACAUCAGGACCAGAACAGUGUGGCCUGCAUUGAAGAGAAGUGCUAUGUGCUAACCUUUGCUGAAUACUGCAGAUUCUGUGCCAUGGCCAAACGCCGGGGUGAGGGCCUUCCCAGCCGGAAGACAGCACUGGUGCCCCCAUCUGCAGACUACUCCACCCCACCACACCGCACAGUGCCGGAGGACACGGACCCUGAGCUGGUGUUCCUUUGCCGCCAUGUCUAUGACUUCCGCCAUGGCCGCAUCCUCAAGAAUCCCCAGUAGCCUCUUUAUGCUCACAGUGGGGAGCCUUUGGGAGAAUGGGGCCUGGGGCAGGGGGCACUGCUUGAAGCACAGCACUUGGUUAAGGGGCCAUGCGUUGCUGGCCCGUGGUUCUCUUUUGGGGGGGGGAGGGCAGGGGCCCUAUGGAUUCUGGGCCCCUUGGGAGAAAGGGAGGCCAGGAUUUGAGAAAAGGUAUCUAAACCCUCAGCUUGGCCUGGGGUGCCCAUCUCUGCACCCCAGGGUGGAGACUCCCGAAGAUUUGGUCUUCCCUGAGGUUGGGCCAAGCCUGAGGGACAUGGCCAAGGAAGGGCAGGGACAAGCAGAAGGAGUAUGAUCCUUCCAGAACCAGGCCUACCAGGCCCUUUUCUAGCCUCCCCCAAGGCUUUCCAAGGGGAGCAGGAGCCAGCUUUACCUCACCCACUGUGACCCGCUGCUUCCCUGUCAGCCUGGGACCAGGCUCUGCAGAUUCUAGCACAGCUCUGGCUUGUUCCAGUGAAUCAAGAGAGCCGAGCUUUGACUUCCUCUUCCUGGACUCGAGGCUUUUUCCCUGGCUUUCUAUCCUUUACCGCUGCAGUAGCCACUGGUGCUGGCACAAGUUGACCCUGCCCACCCAUGGGUGUCAGCCUCAUGUCAGCUUGCCAUUAAGGGUCACCCAGCAGGUCUGGCUUCCCAGAAUACUGGUCAACAUGGAGUUUAUCAUGUCUGGGAGAGAGGGUUGGGGGCGGGGACAGGGAAAUCGCUACCUGAUUUGCUGAAGAUUCCCUCUUGCCUUAUACUUGGGGGUUCUGGGAAACCUCGCAGAACUCACACGUGACUCUUCAAGCCACACCCACCUGAAAUCAAACCAAAGGAGUGUUGUGGCUCCUCUUGCCCUGCCACCCCUUACCCUAGUCUUUUGUAGAUUGCACUAAUUUACAUCCCAGUGAGAAUCAACACUGUAUCAGUCCACAGACCUGAGCUGCAGCCACUUCCUCUAGGAGCUAGGCCCUGCAUUUUCAGUUCGUUCCUGUUGCCCAGAAAUUGUUCUAGCCUCAUGCUCCCCACCAGUGAUUGAUCAGAAAGCUCAGUCCCCUGUUGGCCCGGACUGAGGGGCUGAAGCCUGGUUUGUUUGUACCAAAGAGGAGCAUGGGAUCAGGGAGGGUGCAGGGGGGAAGUGGGUGUGGUUGGGGGGCAUCCGCUGUGGAAGAUGGCACUGGGUCCUCCCUAGAGAGGGGAGGCACCGGUCCAGCAAUCUGGGGACAUGGCACUGGGGUGAGGCUAGUCUGACACAGGGUGCGUUGGGAAGUGCAGGUAAACCCUGAAGGCAAAGACCUGGCCACCUUAGGUCUGGGCCCUGAUCCUUAGAAGAUAAACUGUUCCUGAUGGGCACUGGGCUGGGUGAGGCCUGAAGGUGACAGACACAGGUUAAUUUGUUUUGUUUUGGAAGCCCUGUCCCAAGCCCAGAGGGAAGACUUCACAUUGAAUAAGCUCUUUAGAAGUCAUCAAUCUGAGAGAGUAAGACAUUGUCAAGAGUGGAGAUGGAGCCCUUUGGAGCCUGCUUGUUCUAGGGUGCUACCAAGGAGCCCAGCCUCACCCACAGGGGAGGAGAGAAAGCCCUCUUAGGAGGAAGGGGCUGCUGCCCAGAUGUUAAAUGCUUUUGGAAUCUCUUUAGAUGUGGAAAAUAUUUUUUCGAACAUGAAAAUGCAGCUGGUAGAAUUUCAAUGGAAGUAUAAUCCAUGUAAAAUAUAUUUUAGUUGAUAUUUUGUAAAAUGCACUUUUUGUGUGUGUCGAUCCUGGUUUCCCAGAUCUGUAUUUCAGUGUUUACAAGGGAGGAGGUACCUUUCCUUACCUCCCUUUUGACAGAGAUUAGAAGUACUUCUUUAAGAAAAAUAAAUAAAUUUGAGAAAUUGUA